AUGCCUGCCAUGGCUUCCGAUCAAACGGCACAAACGUCACCAGCGGCCCCGCUGUCAGCUGCAACUCACGCCGCUGGAGCCGCCGAGCUGCCGGAUGUCCAGCCAUUUGGAGCUUCCGAUAAGUUGUCUGAAGUCUUGACGACACCCACUGGCGACAUGUGGCCCCGGCCGUACUUCUUCGAGGACGGUCUUCGCAGAGUUGCCCCUUAUCACUUUACCUAUCAUACCUGGGCCAAGGAACGCUGGCGCGGCCGGAAGCUAAUCGAGAUCUUUGAGGAUGAAUUCAGGGACCGUACCCUAGAGUAUUACCGGAAUGCCAUGGUAACUGGAGCCAUUGUUGUCAACGGAAAGGCAGUCGGCCCGGAUCAUGUGGUCAAGAAUGGAGACCUUGUGAAUCACACAAUUCAUCGCCAUGAGCCACCUGUUACGGGCGAGCCAAUUCGUGUUAUUCACGAAGAUGAUGAGAUGAUCGUCGUCAACAAGCCAUCCGGUGUACCGGUACAUCCUGCUGGCAGAUAUAAGUAUAACACACUUAUCGAGAUCAUGAAGGCUGAGCGAGGCGAGCAUUUCCUGCCAUAUCCAUGCCAUCGCCUGGACCGCCUUACCAGUGGAAUCCUUUUCAUCGGCAAGACGCCGCAGGCUGCGGUGAAACUCACUGCUCAAAUCAGAGCCCACACGGUUCGUAAGGAAUACCUGGCGCGCGUUGCUGGGAAGUUUCCUGAUGGCGAAGUUGUCUGCGAUCAACCUAUCCUCCAAAUAUCCCCACGGCUAGGGCUUAACCGUGUGCGCGCCAACGGGAAAUCGGCCCGCACCGUCUUCAAACGCCUGGCCUAUUAUCCACCGGACAGCCUGGAUGACUCGGAGGCAGCGCAGCCCAAGACUCCGGAACGACUUGCGGACGAGGAACGCCGGCCUUGGAUCAAGAAAGAAGGCUACUCGAUUGUUCGCUGCCUGCCUCUGACGGGCAGGACGCAUCAGAUCCGCGUGCAUCUGCAGUUUGUUGGGCACCCAAUUGAAAAUGAUCCUUUGUAUGCGAACCAGCGAGUUUGGGGAAUUAACCUGGGCUGCAACGACUCGGAUGCAGUUGAGAAUACGGACGAAGAUAUCAUGUCGCGCCUGGAAAGGAUGGGCAAACAAGACAUCGCCGACGCUGUGGCCUAUCACGACGAAUUGGUGGACAUGUACCAGAAGAGGAGGGCCGAAAAGCUGUCGGGAGAGCUUUGCGACAUCUGCGACACGCCGCUAUACACGGACCCCGGCGAGCACGAGCUGUCGCUCUGGCUUCACAGCCUUCGAUACGAAGACGCCGGAGGGGCUUGGAGCUACACCAGUCCGAUGCCCGCGUGGGCCCUUCCUCCGGACGGCGUGAACGGGCCAACGGAGGUCGGGGGACUGGAGGAACUGGUGGGGGCAGUCCCAGACACAGACACUAAAAUUGCCUGA